UUUCGCAGGGGGAAUACACCUCCCAGAAGCCACCUCGCUUCGUACGUGUUUCGUCGACUCGAGCCGCAGACACCCACUCGUGCUUUUGCUGUGUUGCUAAUGUGACUCUUUUAAUAAUACAGCAGUCAUUUGAGGCGAUAGCGACCUUAAACUGACGCAGUUUUUGCUGGGAAUUGCGCCUUUUUGCAAGGGGAUACGCGGUUAGAAAUGUGCAAGCCGGGAUAAGCUAGGAUAAGUAUGUUAUUGGUGGAAAUGUCGUGGCUACAAUAUGUCUGAUAAGUUGAUGAGUUGGAAAGGUGUGACAGUCACUGUCAGUACCAACUGUUGUGACCUGCAGUAUUGAGGGAUUAUACCUGGUGACCAGUGUUGUUAUAACAGCGCUAAAUGUAGGUAUUUGUCCCAGAUAGCAAAGCUACACAUCAUCUAGCCAUCACUCAUUAACUACCUUUUUUUACUAUAUGAUAAGGCAGUGUUACCAUAAUACUAGACCCACCUGUCUUCCACGGGAGUCUGGUCAUCCCAUCACAGAUUGUAUGUCCUAAUGGCAAAGGAAGAAUGCAUUUCACAAAGGAACAGAACAGCAGGGGACACUUCAACACUGCGAAACAGGAAAAUCUUCCCCAGCUCAGAAAAGACCCCCUCCACCCCGCUGUCAAAAGACACACACAGUCAGCCUGCAGGACACCACUCAGAAGAUGACGCCCGGUCGUCGAAUGGGACACCUGCUCAGUGCUCAGCCAGAGGAAACCACAGCGAUGAGCCUCCGAGCAGGGUGCUGCUGAUGUUGGUGGUGGGGCUGGCCUUCUCUACUCGCCUCUACAAGAUCGCAGAUCCCCCUCAUGUGUGCUGGGACGAGACGCACUUUGGGAAGAUGGGAAGCUACUACAUCAACAGGACCUUCUUUUUCGAUGUCCAUCCUCCUCUUGGAAAAAUGCUGAUCGGUCUCGCUGGUUACAUGACCGGUUAUGAUGGCACCUUUCCCUUCGGAAAGCCGGGAGAUAAAUAUGAGCACCACAACUACUGGGGGAUGAGAGGGUUUUGUGCCAUGUUGGGCUCCUGUCUCCCAGUCUUUGCCUACCUCAUAGUGCUGGAGUUGUCUCAGUCUCACACCGCAGCUCUCAUCACUGCCACCCUGCUUAUAUUUGACACCGGCUCGAUCACAAUUUCCCAGUACAUCCUGUUAGACCCCAUACUCAUGUUCUUCAUCAUGGCAGCAGUGCUCAGCAUGGUCAAGUUCAACCAGCAGAGAUACAGGCCUUUUUCUGCCUCCUGGUGGCUGUGGAUGGUACUGACUGGUGUCAGCCUUGCUGGAGCGUUGGGUGUGAAGUUUGUCGGUCUGUUUGUCAUCCUGUUGGUGGGACUGAACACAGUCUGGGACCUCUGGAGACUUUUGGGAGACCUCAGUCUGUCACUGGUGGACAUCGCAAAGCACCUCCUGGCUCGGGUUAUUGGACUCAUCCUGCUUCCACUCCUCCUCUACAUUACAAUAUUCGCAAUCCACUUUGUAGUGUUGAACAAAAGCGGACCAGGAGAUGGUUUCUUCAGUUCAGCCUUUCAGUCCCGUCUAAUUGGAAAUAACCUGCACAAUGCAUCCAUGCCUGAGUACCUGGCGUAUGGCUCCACCAUCACAGUGAAAAACCUCCGUAUUGCUGGAGGCUAUUUGCACUCUCACUGGCACUUGUACCCAGAAGGAGUGGGAGCAAAACAGCAACAGGUUACAGCCUAUCUUCAUAAGGACUACAACAACUUGUGGCUUGUACACAGACACGGUGAUAAUGAAUCUCAAUCGGGGACACCUGAUCUGGUUCGACAUGGUGACAUCAUUCGACUGGAGCACAAAGAAACAACCCGCAACCUUCACACUCACCUCCAUGAGGCUCCUCUGACCAAGAAACACUUUCAGGUUACAGGCUAUGGCAUUAAUGGCACAGGUGACAUCAAUGACCUGUGGCAGGUGGAGGUGUGUGGAGGGCGGAAGGGUGACCUGGUGAAGGUGCUACGUAGCAAAGUCCGCUUUUUGCACCGAGCAACCGGAUGUGUGCUUUACUCCUCCGGCAAGACACUCCCUAAAUGGGGCUGGGAACAGGUGGAGGUGACCUGUAGCCCCUACUUGAAGGAGUCUCCGAGCUCUCAGUGGAACAUCGAAGAUCACAUCAAUCCCAAGUUACCCAAUAUAAGUUUGUCUGUGCUGAAACCCCAUUUUCUGGAGAUCUUACUGGAGUCCCACAUCGUUAUGAUAAGAGGUAACAGUGGCUUGAAACCCAAAGACAAUGAGAUGAACUCAAAACCCUGGCAUUGGCCCAUCAACUAUCAGGGACUGAGGUUUUCUGGAGUGAAUGACACAGAUUAUCGUGUUUAUCUGCUGGGGAACCCUGUGGUCUGGUGGAUAAACCUUACGAGUUUGGGAUUGUAUGUAAUCAUGGUGGCGGUGGCUUCUAUAGCACUACAAAGAGGUUUCUCAUUGGGACAGAAAAGAAUAGAGGAUUCUCAUGUGCUCAUGAGAGAAGGAGGACUGCUGCUCCUCGGCUGGCUGCUGCACUAUGCACCUUUCUACACCAUGGGCCGUGUGCUCUACUACCACCACUACUUCCCUGCGAUGCUCUUCAACAGCAUGCUAACAGGUAUCACAUUAGAUGUUCUGUUGAAAAGCGCUGACUUGCUUCUGCGCCGACCGUAUUCAGAUUGGCUGCAGAAAGUCGGUCUGAUGGUACUUCUGUUCAGUAUUCUUUACAGUUUCUACUUGUUCCAUCCUCUCUCCUACGGCAUGACGGGUCCUCUGGCACACGAGGUGGGCAGCGCCAUGGCUGGCCUGAAGUGGAUGGACUCCUGGGAGUUCUAGUCACAUUGGCACCAAGAGGAAACAUAGAUUGUGAUGUGAGUUGAAGGGAGUUUAAUCAAACAUGUGUCUCACAGACUUACGGUCUUCGAGUGUUUACACAAAAAAAAAAAAAAAAAAAUUAUAAGGUAUGGACUGUCCACAUUAGUAUAGAGUCUCCACGUGUCCAGGUUUUUAUGUCUCAACAUUUCAAGUGUCAGAGUCUAUAAAGUGUAAAGAAUGUUUUACAAGACAGACAUGAACCAGUGCAAUAUGAAAGCCAGAGUGUUGUGGAGUUUUUGAAAAUAAAGAUCUAGACACUAAUCGUCACCAAGCUGCCUUAACUCACAGCACAUCUCACACCCUGGACUUAAAUGUGUAUAUGUGUGUACUGUAUGUCACGAUGACGACGAUGAAGUGCCUGAAAGGAGCCGCUGAAAAUAAAUCUGAAACGUUUAAAUGCUGCAUCAUGUUACGUAGGUUUAGAGUUCUCAGAGACAGUAUUUUUUUGUUUGAGAGUGUCUUGAUCUUAGUGCCCGGUAUUUUUGUAUUAGUGCUGUCUGACUACUACUGACUCUCAGUGUCAUACGUUUGUUUCACUAUGAUCAAUAAACUAUGAUAUUCUUGUA